AUGAAACUACUCAAUGAUCAUGGAGUAAAUGUGAGUGAAAGUGAUUUCAAAUCUGAUCUGAAAGAGGCUCUACUUGCACAUCUACAUAGGAGGAAACUAAUAGAGACAUGUGUCAAUGAGGAGCAAUUAGAAAAGGCCAUUCAGACGAGAAAGCUUGGCUUGUACUGUGGUGCGGAUCCGACUGCCAAGUCGUUGCACUUAGGAAACUUACUCCCACUUAUGAUUUUGCUACACUUCAACAUCAGAGGACAUAACAUUUUUCCGUUAGUUGGUGGUGCCACAGGUGCUGUAGGGGAUCCUUCGGGAAGAAAUACUGAACGUAAUGCCAUGUCUGACAAUGCUCGAUUGGAUCACGUGAAGAGAAUAGCCGACCAGUUUCUCAAUUUCUUCUCUACAGCACUUAAAUAUUCCCAAAGCAGAAAUCCUUUGAUAGAGUAUGCCGAGACGGGAUCGAGACAGCUUAAAGAUAACUAUGAGUGGUGGAAAGAUAUGGGAAUGCUAGAAUUUCUAGCCAUGUUUGGCCGAUACUUCAGGGUGAACCAGAUGCUUGCACGUGACUCGAUUAAAAGCAGAUUGUUGUCUGAACAAGGUAUUGGUUUCAAUGAAUUCACCUAUCAAAUUCUUCAAGCCUAUGACUUUUACUACUUAAACAAGAAUUUUGGAGUUGACAUUCAAGUCGGUGGAAGGGACCAGUAUGGCAACAUUGUUGCUGGGAUAGAUCUAAUCACCAGACUCGGCCGGCACGAGGAGAAUAAGGAUCAAGGGCUUGAACUGGAUCUGGAACAGGAAUCCAAAUCGAAUUUAGAAUCACAACCUUCCUGCUAUGGACUAACGGUUCCCUUGCUUACCACGGCUUCAGGUGUAAAAUUUGGUAAAAGUGCGGGAAAUGCCAUCUUUAUUGACCGUGAACUUACUCCUUCCUACGAGAUUUAUCAAUUUAUGUACCGUACCGAAGAUGAGGACGUUCAAAGAUUCCUCUACAAGUUUUCAAUGCUACCCAUUCCUGUCAUUGACAGGAUUGUUCAGGCACAUGACACUGAUAGAAAACAGAGAUUUGGUCAGAGAGUACUUGCCAUGGAAAUGUGCGAUCUUAUUCAUGGUGAUGGCGAAGGAUACGACAAUGAAUUGAUCAGCAAGACACUCUACAGUAAAGAAUUGAACAUAAAAUUUGAUACAGAUGAACUCUUACGUGCACUUAAGAGGCAGAAUAUGGUUACUACACUCACUAGAAAACAACUUGCAAAAACCAAUGCCACCCAUUUACUCUUCACCCUAUCUAAAGGUGCACAUUCCAAAAGCGACUUCAGAAGAAAGAUCAAGAGUCGUGCUAUAAUAAUUGGAAGGAACAAAAAAGAAAAAAUCAAUGCUGUUGAUGAGAUUAUCAAGCGUAACAGAUUGAUAGACGAUAAGCUGCUUCUUUUGAGAGCUGGCAAGGAGUACUACAUUGCAGAAGUGGUAGAAGAUUAG